UUGUGGGUGUUGUUUUGAUGAUAAAUGCACAUUAUUUCAAGUAUUAGAUAAAAUAAAGUCAUUAACUAUGGUGAUAUAUGGUGUGUUCAUCGUAAGCAAGUCCGGGGGACUUAUAUACAAUUACGACCACAACAUUCCACGAGUGGAAACUGAGAAAACAUUUGGAUUUCCACUGGAUAUCAAACUGCAGUACGAAAAUAAGAAAGUAGUAGUAGUAUUUGGGCAAAGAGACGGCAUAAACGUUGGACACGUACUACUCUCUGUAAACGGGUCUCCAGUGACUGGCGGGACAACAGAAGAUGGCAGGGAUGUCUUCACCAUUAUAGAAACUAAGGAAAACUACCCACUAAGCUUAAAAUUUGGCCGGCCUCGCGCCACCACAAAUGAAAAGAUUGUGCUGGCUAGUAUGUUCUACCCGCUGUUUGCACUGGCCAGCCAGCUAAGCCCUGUUCCUAAGUGCUCAGGGAUAGAGUCCCUCACUGCUGACUCAUUCAAGCUUUCUUGCUUCCAGACUCUCACAGGUGUAAAGUUCAUACUGGUUACGGAGCCAAGUAUGACAGGCAGCGAGGCGGUACUCAAGCGCAUCUACGAGCUGUACUCAGACUAUGCACUCAAGAACCCAUUCUACUCCCUAGAGAUGCCCAUUCGCUGUGAACUCUUUGAUACUUCUCUACACACGCUGCUGGAAUUGGUGGAGAAAUCUGGAACUAGCAAUUUGUAGAAUAGUUAGGAUAAGAAUUAAUGUUAUUGUUUAUAAAUUAUACAUAUUUUA